AUGGAGAAUUUUUCGAACAGCAAAAGGAUCAAGUCUGAAAAGCUCGGAAUAGAUCUUAUCAGAAGCCGGAUCGAGGGAUAUGUAAAAGACCUCAAGCUGAGGCACGUGGAUGUCGACGAGCUGGUGGAAAGAAUAGUUUCUGGGUGGUGCGAAGACAUGACCAGGAAGGAGACUAUAGACUACUGCAGCGAAACGGCUGCAUCGAUGAUCACCAAGCAUCCUGAGUACGGACAGAUUUCUUCCAGGAUUAUUGUCUCAUACAUCCACGAGAUCACCAUGGACUCUUUUGUUGAGAAGAUCAAGUACAUACAAAAGCAUCGGGGGAUGGUUUCGGAAGAGAUGUACGGGAUAAUACUAGAGCAUGGAGAGACAAUAGAGGGCAUGAUAAACUAUGAGAAUGACUUUCUGUUCAGUUAUUUUGGAAUACUUACGUUAAUGAAAUCCUAUCUCAUAAAAGUGGGUGAGGAGAUUAUUGAAAGGCCCCAAGAUAUGUUCAUGCGGGUUGCUCUUCAGAUCCAUAAGACCGACUUCGAGAAAGUCAGGGAGGUGUACAACCUGUUAUCCGGACACUACUUUACCCACGCAACACCAACUUUGUACAAUUCGUGCCUCAAGAACCCACAGCUGGCAAGCUGCUUUCUCAUAACACCAAGAGAGGAUUCGAUUGAGGGGGUAUACCACAUGAUAAACCAGGCAGCAAUCAUAACGAAGUACUCUGGAGGGAUAGGGCUCAACCUCCACGGGAUUAGAUCCAAAGGGUCGUCUCUUCGGAGCACCGGCGGGCGUAGCAAUGGGAUUAUUCCGCUGAUCCAGGUUCUGAAUGCAACGAAGAGAUAUAUCAACCAGGGGGCGGAGAGAAGGCCUGGGUCGAUAGCCAUUUUCCUCGAGCCGUGGCACAUGGAGAUAUUCGACUUUCUGGAGCUUAGAAAGAACACAGGGCCCGAGGAGUUCCGUGCAAGAGACAUCUUCACUGCCUUGUGGAUCAACGACCUGUUUAUGGAGAGGGUCAAAAACAACGAGGAAUGGUCGCUGUUCUGCCCAAGCCAGGCUGUUGGGUUGUCCGAUGUCUGGGGGGAGGAGUUCAAUGCGCUGUACUGCAAGUACGAAAAGACUAUCAGUAGGACUGUGGUUCCUGCACAGAAGCUGUGGAAGGCCAUAAUAGAGGCGCAGAUUGAGACUGGGACGCCUUACAUGUGCUAUAAGGAUGCAUGCAACAGGCUCAGCAACCAGCAGCAUCUGGGGACCAUUAAGUCGUCCAAUCUCUGUGCAGAGAUAGUUGAGUAUUCUUCAGGAGAAGAGACCUCUGUGUGCAACCUUGCAUCCAUCUGCCUCCCGAUGUUUGUCAAGGAUGGAUGGUUUGACUUCGAGGCUUUUAGGAGGGUGGUGAAGAUACUGACUGUGAACCUCAACAGAGUGAUAGACUUCAACUACUAUCCCGUGGAGGAGGCCAGGAGGUCCAACAUGAGGAACAGGCCUAUUGGAAUAGGAGUACAGGGACUGGCAGAUCUAUUUGCAAUCCUGAGGCUUGCAUUUGAGAGCGACGGAGCCCGGAGCUUGAACCAGGACAUCUUUGAGGCGAUGUAUUACUCUGCAAUGGAAGCAUCCUGCGAGCUGGCUGAGAAAGAAGGGCCAUUUCCGUCUUACGAGGGGUCUCCGAUAAGCAAGGGGAUCUUUCACUUUGAAUUGGCUGGCAGGAAGGCCUCGGGCAACUGGGAUUGGGAGGGACUCCGUGAGAGAAUCAGGAGGCAUGGGGUCAGAAACAGCCUUCUGAUUGCUCUGAUGCCAACUGCAGGAACAUCGCAGAUAUUUGGGAACAACGAGGCAUUUGAGCCGCACGCCUCGAACAUAUAUACUAGAAGAACACAUGCAGGCGAGUUCCAGAUUGUCAAUCAGCAUCUUGUCAACGACCUUGUAAGGCUAGGGCUCUGGUCGUACGAGAUGAAGAACCUUGUUAUCGAGAACGAGGGGUCUAUCCAGAACAUCACGUCGAUUCCGCAUGAGAUCAGAGAGAUAUACAAGACGGCGUGGGAGAUAAAGAUGAAGUCUGUGAUAGAUCUGGCGGCAGAUAGACAAGUGUUUGUUGAUCAAUCGCAGUCUCUGAACAUCUUCAUAGCAAAGCCGACGUACUCCCAGCUUACGUCGAUGCACUUCUAUGGAUAUCACUGUGGAUUGAAGACUGGGAUGUACUACCUGAGAACAAGGCCGAUAACAUCAGCAAUCAAGUUUACGGUGGACAAGAAACUUGCUGAGAAGACGCUGUCUUCGAUGAACGACACGGAUGAUCCCUGCUCGAUGUGCUCGUCAUGA